UCUAGCCGCUGACCGUCUCGCAGCCUCCGCCGAGCACCUUAUCUCGGUUCCAGUGCGCCCCGGCCGGCCAAGCAGCGACCCCCCGCGGAGGGCGCCAUGCAAGGGGCGCGAAUUGCGCUCUGGGCUGCGGCGCUGACCGUGCUGUCGUUGCUCCGCGGGCAGAAUGUGGCACUGGCUGGCGCGGGAGCGGCGGGCGUGGGCCCCGUGGUGCGCUGUGAGCCCUGCGAUGCGCGGGCGCUGGCUCAGUGUGCGCCGCCGCCGCCUGCGUCCGCGUGUGCGGAGCUGGUGCGCGAGCCGGGCUGCGGCUGCUGCCUGACGUGCGCGCUGAACGAGGGCCAGCCCUGUGGCGUCUACACUGAGCGCUGCGGCGCCGGCCUCCGCUGUCAGCCGCAGCCCGGCGAGCCGCGCCCGCUGCAGGCGCUGCUGGACGGCCGGGGGAUCUGCGCCAACGCCAGCGCCGCCAACCGCCUGCCCGCCUACCUGCUGCCGGCGCCGUCCGCUCCAGGAAACAGCAGUGAGUCUGAGGAAGACCGGGGUGCUGGAAGCGUGGAGACCCAGGCCCUUCCUAGCACACACCGGGUGCCUGAUUCCAAAUUCCAUCCCCACCACACCAAAAUAGACGUCAUCAGGAAAGGACACGCCAAGGACAGUCAGCGCUACAAAGUCGACUAUGAAGCUCAAAGCACGGACACCCAGAACUUCUCCUCUGAGUCCAAACGAGAGACAGAAUACGGUCCUUGCCGCCGAGAGAUGGAGGACAUGCUGAACCACCUCAAAUUCCUGAACAUGCUCAGCCCAAGGGGUGUCCACAUCCCCAACUGUGACAAGAAGGGCUUCUACAAGAAGAAGCAGUGCCGCCCUUCCAAAGGCAGGAAGCGGGGCUUCUGCUGGUGUGUGGAUAAGUACGGGCAGCCCCUCCCGGGCUACGAUGCCAAAGGCAAGGGCGACGUGCAGUGCUACCACCUGGAGAGCAAGUAGAAGCCACUGCAGCCAUUUAAUGUGGAGCUCAAUACGCCUUAUUUUGCACAAGCCACUGCCAAGGACAUGACCAGCAGCUGACUACAACCUCAACUUAUAUUUCUUUUUUGUGGUGAAUUCAUUUUCUUUUUUUUUUUUAAACCAAAGUUUAGAAAGAUGUUUGAAAAAUGCCCAGGGUUCUUCUAAAUGGUGAACUUGCGUAUCUUACUGCCUUCUAGUAGUCAGUGAAACACAGUUUGUUUUUUCUUGUUGCUUCCUGUAAAAAUAUUUGUCAACUCAAGGACAGGGGAGCAGAUCCACAGCACCCUAGAGCCGGCUCUCCCUGCGUCUCCGCUGAAGCACUGGCCAGUAUGUCCUGACUGCGCGCCUGUGUUGCUGAUGCUGAGGGCGCCUUCCUCCCCACUCUGUACGAACGAACAAAGGACCUCACCAAGAGCAGAAACAUCCUGCAUUCUGCGGGUUGCACACCCACAGCCCCACCCGGAGCUUACAUCUCUGGAGCAAGGCUCCUUCAACCUAGAAAAUGUGUCAUACCUUCAAGUGGCCUGUACUGUCUGGAACUGGUGUAGAAAAUAAGGUGGAGCCUUACUUAUUAAAAAAAAA